CGCAUGCGCAAGUCUGCUUUCCAAAUGUAAACACUAAUGUUCUAAAUUAUGUAGUAUUUUUUCACUCUAGCGUAUCAUUAUAUUUAAAAGUAGACCGUUCUAGUCAAAACCACACAUUCAUUUAAAUAGUUCCUUUGCAAUAAGCCUGUUGAUAUAUCGUGACAAGUUAUGGGUUUAUUAUCCGAGGGAUCACCACUAUCUUGGGAGGACACCAAAAGUCAUGCUGACCACGUUAGAACGCAUGGGAUUAUACAAUUUUUAAACCAAUUCAAGAAAUUACGUGACCGGACCAAGGACGUGUUGUACUGGGGGGAUGAGGUGGAGUAUAUGCUGGUAAAAUUCGACCAUAAGAACAGAACUGCCAAACUUUCAUUAAAUGCUUUACCUGUCUUAGAUGAACUCCAGAAAACUGAGAAAGAGCAUCCAGACAAUCACCCAACAACAUGGAGGCCAGAGUACGCAGCAUAUAUGGUGGAAGGUACUCCAGGAAAACCAUACGGGGGCAUGAUGGCUCAUUUUAACCUUGUAGAAUCCAACAUGAAACUAAGGAGGGAAGAAAUCAGGAAAUUGUUGGCAGCAGAUGAGUACCCUAUGUCUUUAACAGCGUUUCCAAGACUUGGUUGUGGAAAUUUUACCGACCCUAUAACAAAACCCACUCCAACUGACGGUGCCUCACAUUCAUUAUUUUAUGCUGACCAAGUCAUCUUUCAAGGACAUCCUAGAUUUAGAACAUUAACAAGGAAUAUUAGGCAAAGGAGAGGGCAAAAAGUUGCGAUAAAUGUGCCUAUAUUCAAGGAUAAGAACACCCCUUCGCCUUUUAUAGAAGAUUUAAGUCAAUAUGGAGACAAUGGUGAAAGUGCUAAAGCAGCCAAACCAGAUCAUAUAUACAUGGACUGUAUGGGAUUUGGUAUGGGCUGUAGUUGUUUACAAGUAACAUUUCAAGCGUGUAACAUAACGGAAGCUAGAAAACUUUAUGAUCAGCUGACACCAUUAUGCCCUAUAAUGUUAGCUUUAAGUGCCGCAUCCCCUAUAUAUAGAGGUUACCUGUCUGACCUUGACACUCGAUGGACAGUGAUAUCUCAAUCUGUUGAUGACCGUACAGAUGAGGAAAGGGGUCUUAAGCCACUGAAGGAGAACAAGUUUGUAAUAAACAAGUCACGUUAUGAUUCCAUAGACAGUUACCUCUCAUGUUCAGCAUACAGUAAUAUUAAGCUUGUCUACGAUAAAGAUAUCUUUGAAAAAUUAAAAUCAGAAGGAAUAGAUGAUUUGUUGGCCAGACAUAUUGCUCAUUUAUUUAUAAGGGACCCAAUUUCUUUGUUCAGCGAGAAAAUCAAUCAAAAUGAUGAAGAAGAUACUGACCACUUUGAGAACAUUCAGUCAACAAACUGGCAGACAAUGCGUUUCAAACCUCCACCACCACACAGCAACAUUGGUUGGCGGGUUGAAUUUCGACCAAUGGAAGUCCAGCUUACUGAUUUUGAGAAUGCCGCCUACACUGUAUUCCUUGUGUUGAUGACUCGGGUUAUAUUGACAUUUGAACUGAACUUUAUUAUUCCACUGUCCAACGUUGAUGAUAAUCUACGAAGGGCUUUCAAAAGAGACGCGAUUAGAGAAGAAAAGUUUUGUUUUAGAAAAGAUCUAUUGACAGAUGAUUCACCUCCCAUAGCAGAGCAAUGUGUAAUAGAUUGUUGCGAGGGGAAGACAUGUACACAACAAGACCAUUUUACACAGAUGUCCAUAGAUGAAAUUAUUCAUGGGAAGGAUGAUUACCCAGGUUUAAUACCUCUCAUUGACAAGUACAUUGAUAUGACGGAGAUUGACGUGGACACAAGAUGUACGAUACAGCAAUAUCUUAAACUCAUUUCAGACCGGGCCUCAGGGAAGUUGAAGACUACAGCACAAUGGACGAGAGAUUUUGUGAUGUCACACGCUGACUACAAGCAUGAUUCAGUUGUCCCGGAAUCGGUGAACUAUGACCUACUUAUGAAAUGUGCUCAAAUUACCGACGGUAACUUUGACCCGGAACUGUUACCAGUGUCGGCAAAAUCAAAGACCUCGGACAAUAUUCCCCCAGCUAUGAGAAAAGUUGAUGCCUACUUAAACAAGAAAAAUCCGAGGAAUGGAGAAAUGACAAUGUUAAAUAAUUCUACAUGAUCGAUUAAUUUUCUGAUCAGUUAGAAUAAAAAAAUCAAUACUAGUUCCUCAUAGUUAAUGUAUUUAAUAGCUCUUCUGAUGAUGAAGUGAGCGGUAGGGGACCUAUAGCUAGUCUACUGUCUGUACUGCCCAUGUUGGGUUGUUUACAGUUUAGGGUGCUAAGUUCUGAUAGGUCUUUGUAGCAAGGUCAAACAUUUGACAUCUGGGAACAAAAAUUAGGUCAUCAGAUCAAAGAAAAACCUUGUUAAAUCUCUUGAGAACACAGUCAUUUUUAUGCCAAUGCAGUAUCUGUUAAAUCGUGGCAUAUAGUGAUUUACUUGUUUGUGUGUGUGUGUCUAUCCAUUAUAUAAAUUAUAUACUGAACUUUCAAAAUCUUCUUAUCAAAAACCGUUCAAAGUCAGAUUUUGAUCCAACUUGGUAGGAUUGUUUGUUGGGUGAAUGACUUAAAAUUAAUCAAUGUAGAAAUAUGGUUGCCUAUGCAACCAAAAUAAAUGAAUGGAAGAACUACUUUAUAAUUGCAAGACCUAGAGCAAAGAUAUUUUGCAGGAGGUAUUGUCUGUGGAUCUCUUGCUAAGAUUAAACUUGUAUUCUUGGGAUCAACUUUUUUGCCUUUGAAUAAAUAUAAUUGUGUGUAAUUGUUUUCUUUGUCUUGUAGUCAAAUUGUAAAUGCAAAUUCAAAUUGUAAAGUGUAGCUUGUUAGAAUAACAUAAAAUGUGACAUUUUUGCAUGUGCUCAUCAGUAGGCUGAUUAUGAUUAUGACUUUCAGCCCCAGGCCAUCAUGGUGCUGUUGUCUUUAUAUAAAUGUACAUGUAUGUUGUAAAAACUUAAGGUCGACUUCUCUGACUUUGAUCAUUGAGAGUUGGUGUAUUGAUACGUUCAAACAAAUGAUAUACCACUUUUCUUCCCACUAGCCAAACAAUGUGGUGGCAUUGCAUAAUACAGUCUUGUCAGACUUUUGUCAUGAAAGACCAUGCCUUUAGUUUGAUCAAUGUUACAUAAAGGUAGCAUGCAUUGAUGUUUCUGUUAUUUCUUGCUAUCUUUGAGCAUGUUUAAAAAAGGAAAUGGUAUUUCCAUUCAAGGUCAAGACUGGAUAUGGUGGAUAAUAUUUGUACAUGUACAUGUAAUAUCUCUAGUAUUAUAAAAAUAUUGUAAUCAAACUUAGUACUGGUAUGUAGCAGGCUGUUUUGGACACCUUGCUUGGUAUUACUAUUUUGGCUAGUUAGGGUCAAGGGAGGAGUUAAUAUAAAUAGAUGAAUGGUUUAUGGUCCAUAGCUACAUCACUUGGGAAGGAGAUAUUGUAAUCAAACAUAGUAUAUAAUUUUCUUAUGUGGACACCUUUCUUGGGAUUGCCUUUUGGCUACCCCCCCUCAGGGUCAAGGUCAAUCAUUGAAACUUAAAAUAGAAAAAUGGUUUCAUGUCUAUAACUACAUUUAGGAAACAAACUUUGGUUUACAACAAGCUUGUGUGGAAACUGCUUGUAAUGGUCUUUAGGUUCAAGGUCACUGUUACUAAAAAUAUUAAAAAACAACAACAACAGUUUCCUGAGGGUGGCAUUUUGUGGGUGUUUUUUUUAAAGAUAUCUUGUUGAAAUUGUUAAAGCUAUAUCUUUAAAGAUGAUUAUUUAAAAAAAAGUAUAGAAUAUUUGUCAGAUUUGUUUGUUGUAUACAUUAUUUUAGCUCACCAGAACCGAAGGUUCAGGGGGAGCUAUUAGUAUCAAAGGGGGAUGCUCCAGCAUCCGUCGUCAUGUGUCAACAAUCAUCUCCGAAACUGCUAUGCAGAUUUACUUCAAAUUUGAUCUGUACCAUCCUUGUGACUGUCACACUUGAAUUUGCUCAUGUCAUUUCAAUUGGCCCCUUUUAGGGGUCAACAGAGCUAAAAAUAGAAAAACCUUUGAACAUCUUCUACUACAGAACUAAUUGAUGGAUGAUCACCAAACUUUGUCUGUAGCAUUCUUGGGUAGUCUUAAUUUGCUCAUAUUAAUUUGAUUGGCCCCGUUUAGGGGCCCCUAAAGCUAAAAAUAGAAAUACCUUUAAACGUCUAUUUCUACAGAACUAAUUAAUGGAUGAUUACCAAACUUUGUCUGUAGCAUUCUUGGGUAGUCUUUUAUCAAGUUUGCUCAUAUUAAUUUGAUUGGGCCCAUUUAAACUAAAACUUAAAUGCCCCAGGUCUUGGCAUUUCUUCAAAUUAUUGUUUAAACAUAUUCUAUGCUCAAAUUUAAUAUUAGAAAAUAUUGACAAUGGAUAAUUUCCAACACUGAAAAGCAGUUGUUUCUGAUGAGCGACUCAGGGUCAUCAUGGCCCUCUUGUUUUGUAUUAUAUUGUAAAAGAUGCAGAGAGUUUAAACAGGUUAAUUGGAAUAAUAUUAAAGUUAUUGUAAUUACA